GGUGGAUUGAAUCUGGAAGUUAAUGUGUCGAACUAUUACACAAGUCCUCCUGCAUUUAUAGGGUCAUUUGUGUAUGAGGAUAGUAGCACCAGCUUUGGAGAUUUUAGUUCGCUAAUAAUUUUGAGUGAUCUCAGUAAAACAAAAAGUCUUGAUAUUAAGUGGCGAGUGAGAUGUAGUGAUCAUUUCUACAAUGAGGAUUGUUUCAUAUUCUGUAAACCUGUGGAUGAUGUCAGUGGCCACUAUGACUGUUUAUCAAAUGGAACAAAGAGGUGUCUUCCAGGAUGGACAAAUCCACAAAACAAUUGUACUACAGCUUUAUGUGCAAGCGAGCCAUGCCAGAACAACGGAUCAUGCAUAAUUGAGUUUGGUGAGAUUAAGUGUAACUGCAUCAUUGGAUACACAGGAGACUAUUGUGAAACAAAUAUUGAUGAAUGCUCGUCCAGCCCAUGCCAAAAUAAUGGCACUUGUCAUGAUGACGUCAACUCAUAUUCCUGCUUAUGUAAAGUUGGAUACAUGGGAAUCAACUGUGAAACAAGUCACUUACCAACUCCAUUCAUAUCAACUAAAAUUGGUUGUAACUCCUCAUUCAUACAGCCAACAUCUCGUAUCACGUACGAUAAAACUGCAGACAUCAUUGGAUAUUCAGUACAACUCACAAGCAUCCACGGACAGAUAAAUCUAGAAUUUUUAUUAAAUAACAACACAGAUCAUGUGUUUCUCGAAGAAUUGCAGCAAGACACUUUAUACACAUUUCAGAUAAGACCACGAAGUAUAAAUGGAUUGGGGAUUGCUUCGAGCUCUCACAUGCUUCGUUGCGAAAACAAGGAGACAAAUGUGAGAUUACCAAUAACAGCCACAGUUGCAACUGCUACAUUGGUUAUAAGCAUUAGUGUCAUUCUGCUGGUGCUGGCUGCUUGUUAUUUCUAUCGAGGAAGGCGCCUAACAAGUACUGUAGAUACUGUGACAAAAAUGAAUACAACUGAAUUAGAUAAACAGGAACAAAUGAAUGAAGAUGUUACGUAUGAAACGGUGGUUGACACUGACUUUUCCACUGAAGUCAUCACAAGAAGUCAAUUGUAUGAAGAAACACCAAUGGUACUAACAAGAAGUCAAUUGUAUGAAGAAACACCAAUGGUACUAACAAGAAGUCAGUUGUACAUGUAUGCAGAGCCAUCAGCUGAAGUGGUAGACAAUCAACCAUACACUUGAAAGAUGAUAUCAGUAUAUCAAGACAACUGACGUCAUACAUUGCUGUGUACUAGCCUAGCCAAGUCAGAAUGUCUAGUGCAGCGUAAAUGAGUGUAUCAGUCUGUUAGAUUUCAAUAGAAAGCAUCGAGAAGACGCGGUCUUCAAAGACAGUCAAAA